AUGGGCGUUGAAAGGUCCGGUGACCGCGGCGAAUAUACCCGUUUCACUCGAACCCACGCCCUGUCGACCCUGUACCGCCGCGUGGCUGGCCGGUGCAGAAGGCAGGUGGCAGCCGCAGGCUCGGAAAUAGCUCCGACGAAUUUGAUCCCCGAUUUGAAGAAGAUAACGCGCGGCGUCGACGCUGGUGAGGGCGUCGAGGAUGCCGAGCACGGCGAGCGCGUCAAGCAUGGCGCUGUGCUUCGGGACGAGGUCGCCGACGACGAAGGAGGCAAGAACGAGACGGACGAACGGAGGCAUGGCGACGAGGAGCAGUUGCGGAGAGCCUGGACAUGGAAGCUGCAGCGGCAAACGGGAAGCGAGGGGUUUGCAGAGAAAAAGAAGCCCUCGGAUAAGCGAGAUUGGGAUCCCUGA